GGUGCUUUUAUGAAAUUAAUUUUGGAGCACAUUUGGAUGGGAGUGUUUCGGUGACACGGCUCGGUCUCUUAAGCGCGGAUGGAUCCCUCCGUUACAGUAUCUUAGAAGCGGCGUCCUCGGCUCGAACAGCCGCUGUAUUUUUAUUAUAUUUUAUUGUGAAAUAGUGUCGCACAGCAGCUCGAGUGAAUUAUCGCGGGUUCGUGCAUCGAGCUGCUCGGUUUUCAUCCGCAGAGGACUUCGGUCAGCUCAGUCCCGGGUCGAGAUGUCCACCACAUUCCCGUGCUGGUUCCUCGUGCUGCUUGGUGUUCUCCUCACCGAGGCUCAGACCGAGAUGAAAAAGGUCUUCGGAGAAAACGCCACCCUACCGUGCCAUCACCAGUUCCGCCAGUCCAACGGCCAGACGCUGGACAUCGAGUGGCUCCUGCAGAAGCCCAACUCCAAACAGCGUGUGAUCAUCACGUUCUUUAAUAACGAGGUCUACAUCAGCGAUAACGCGGCGAGCCGGCUGUCGUUCGCCGGGGACUACCUGAACGGCGACGCCUCUCUGCUGAUCAGCGACCUGCAGCUGAGCGACUCGGGCGAGUACCACUGUAAAGUGAAGACGGGAGGGAAGUACCUCUGGAGCCAGGUCAACCUGCUGGUUCUGGUGAAGCCGUCCAAGCCGGACUGCUCGAUGCAGGGGGAUCUACUCGAGGGCAGCGAGGUGAAGCUAAGCUGCAAGUCCUCCGAGGGUUCCGACCCCAUCGGAUACAAGUGGGAGAAAGUUCUGGACAAGGGCAAAAGUGUCGGAAAGCUGCCGCAUUUAUCUCAUGUUGAUCAGAAGUUCGCAGGGAUCAUGACCCUGAAGAACCUGAGCCGGGAGAGCUCGGGCGUGUACCAGUGCACAGCCAAAAACGAGGUGGGAGAGGAGAACUGCAUCAUUGAAGUCACCAUGCAGUAUGUGCAGGGCGUGGGUGUGGUGGCCGGUGCUGUAGUCGGCGUAGCCUUCUGCGUCCUCAUCGUCAUCCUCAUCAUCUGGCUGGUCUUCCGCAAGAAGGAGAAGAAGAAGUAUGAAGAAGAGGAGACGCCGAACGAGAUCAGGGAGGACGCAGAAGCUCCGAAAGCGAAGCUGGUUAAACCCAAUUCACUAUCGUCGUCUCGCUCAGGCAGCUCCCGCUCCGGGGCCUCGUCCACCCAGUCUAUGGUGCACAGCACCGCCCCUCGUACCCAGCGGCCCCGACCCCCGGCGGUCUGCGCCCUCAAGGAGAACGGUCAGCCCCCCGAGUUCCUGCAGACCUGCCCGGAAGCUCAGACCACCCCCAAAUUCAGGCCGCCGAACCCAUCGGUGGGCCUGACUGUGCCCACCACGGGGGUUCUGAUGCCACCUCAGAGUAAAGCUUUCCAGACUGUGUAGGGAAGAAACACAGCCAACGUAACCGGAUGGAGUUCAUGCAAAUAUUGUGUAUAAAUAAGAGAAAAAAAUUGCCGAACUUAAGGAUGUACAUCAGAAAGCAUCUAUCCUAUAAAACGAACUGAAUGCGUACGUUAGAUAUGUGCUUGCCCCUCGCUGAAAUGUAUA